AUGCUUCUCAAACGCGCCAUCUAUUUUCCGCUCGUCAAACGCGUCAAGAAGAUCCGCAAACAUUUGUGGACGAUCGACGCGCCGACGUUAACGGCGUGCGCCGGUAAAGCACAACCAAAAAAGGGAACCCAGUACGUUCGCCUCGGACCAUUCAAUUUCAACUAUCGCGCUCACGUCGUCAAAUUGCCGAUGUUGCGCGAGGGACGCGUCGGCAAACGCGACGUCAUCGUCAAGGGCAAACGCGUGUGGACCAUCUACUACAAAAUCGCCAACGAUGAGUUCCACGUGCGUCUCGUCGCCCAAUAA